AUGUCGCACCCUCCAGAUGUAGGCGCAUUGCGCCUGAAUGACGACGUGGACCAAGAAUACGACGACAUUCCCUACGACGACGGAGACAUUGACUACGACAUGGACAUCGAUCUGGGCCCCACCCCUUCCAAGCCCAGCGCUCCUCGACCAGAGACGUCAGAAUCGCGUGAGGCUGCUUUGCGCAAAGAGUUGGACAGUGUGCGACAGAUUAACAAAGUCAUUGAAGAUGUCGUGACGAGUCUGGAGAAAGCAAAGGGCAAUAUGGAUAAUGUCAAUCGCACUGUGCAUUCGGCCUCGACUCUUCUCGAUACUUGGACACGCAUCCUCUCCCAAACCGAACACAACCAACGUCUGCUCCUGAAUCCAAACUGGCAAGGCGCGACUCAAGAUUUGCAAGACAUCGAGAACGAGUCAUUCGUGCGCCAACAACAAGCCGAAAGACGUGCUGCCGAAGAACAAGCCAGGAAAGAGGCUGCCAUCAGACGUGCCGAGGAAGAAGAGAGAAAGAAGGCUGCUCCACCACCUGCGACUCGCGGCUCAAAACUCAGGGGUAGGGUUGGCACUGCAUCCAGUCGCUUGACCAGGCAACCCUCGACAUCAACUCCGGGAUAUGUUGGCGUCGGCGGUCAAGGUGGUCGAGGACGAGGCAUUUCAAGAGCUGGCAGCGGCAUCGGUAGAGGUACUGUCAGAGGCUCUACUCGAGGUCGUGCUCUGAAAUGA